UGCCUCUGUCCGUCCCUCUUCAUAUGCCAGGUCCGCCCUGAUCUGCACCAUCAAUCAUCUCCUAAGUGCUUACUGAGUGCCAAGCUCUAUGCCAGACGUCGGAGUGGAUAAAGGAUAAUCAGAAAGGACCCAGUCGCUGUCCCCAGCCGGGGCUCAAGGCCACGGGCUGCAGGGAAGAGGCAGAGAGACGUCCCUGGAAAUCCUGGGGGACGUGGACCCCUCGCUGGGCUGAGGGGACCCUGUCCUGGUCCAGGGAUUCCUGGUUCUCACACGGGAGGACUGAGAGCAUCUCUGCUGCCCAUCAGCCACUGCCGGCAUCUCCUGGCUGCGACGUCCCCUUCUCCUUGGGGGGCUCCAUUCCACCAUGACCUGUCCCUGUGGCCUCCUCACCAGCUCCAAAAAGCCCGUGCCCCUCAAGAGCAUCUCCGUGGCCGUGGCCGUCCGGGGGUUCGUGGCGGAUGUGACGGCGACGCUGCGCUACAAGAACGAGGAGCAGAGCCCCGUGGAGUCGGUCUUCGUGUUCCCCGUGGACGAAGACUCGGCCGUGUACGGCUUCCAGGCCGAGGUGGACGGGAAGACCAUCGUGGCUGAGAUGAAGGAGAAGCAGCAGGCCCAGAUGAGCUAUGAGGACGCGCUGGCCCACGGCCAGGAGGCCUUCCUGCUGGAGCAGGACCCCAGCUCCGGGGACAUUUUCAGCUGCAGCGUGGGCCACCUGCCGCCCGGCCAGGAGGCGAAGCUCAGCAUGAGCUACGUGAAGGAGCUGCCGCUGGAGGCCGACGGGGCCGUGCGCUUCGUGCUCCCGGCCGUGCUCAACCCACGCUACGUCCCCGCCGGGGCAGCCGAGGCCAGCAGCGUCACGUCUCGGGUCCCCCGGGCUGCCCGCGGCGAGCCGCCCUACACGCUGAGCGUGAGCGCCAACAUCCACUCCCCGUACGGCAUCGAGAAGGUCCAGUCCAACUGCACCCUGGGGCCCCUGGAGUACCUCGGGCCGGAUCGGACGGCGGCCCAGGUCUCCCUGGCUGAAGGGCAGCAGUUUGAGCGGGAUGUGGAGCUCCUGGUGUACUACAAGCAGGUGAACACGCCCAGCGUGUGUGUGGAAGCUGCCCAGCCAGGAGCCCAACCGGGCUCGCUGAUGGGGGAGGCCGCGGUGAUGGUGAGCUUCUACCCCAGCAUCCCCGACCCCAAGGAGCAGGCCUCGACCGGGGAGUUCAUCUUCGUCCUGGACCGCUCGGGGAGCAUGUCGUGUCCAGUGUCCGGCGACCUCCGUUCCCAGAUGCGCAUAGACAGUGCUAAGGAGACGCUGCUUCUGCUGCUGAAGAGUCUGCCCCUCGGCUGCUUCUUCAACGUCUAUGGGUUCGGCUCCACGUUCGACUCCUUCUUCCCGGACAGUGUGGAGUACACACAGCAGUCCAUGGAGGAGGCCGUGCAGAGGGUGAAGGCGCUGCAGGCUGACUUGGGGGGGACGGAAAUCCUAGCACCCCUGAAGAGCAUCUUCAGCAAAGCCUGCAAACCAGACCAUCCCCGGCAGCUCUUCGUCUUCACGGACGGAGAAGUGGGGAACACGGAGGAGGUGAUCGCUGAAGUCCGGAGCCACAGCCCGACCCACAGAUGCUUCUCCUUCGGCAUCGGGGAAGGAGCCUCCACCGCCCUCAUCAAGGGCGUCGCGCGGGCCGCGAGGGGCAGCGCAGAGUUCAUCACGGGGAGCGACCGGAUGCAGUCUAAGGCUCUCCAGUCCCUGAAGCGCUCCCUGCAGCCCGCGGUGCAGAAUAUCUCUCUGAUCUGGACCCUGCCCCCCGGCUUGGAGCCGGUCCUGCUGUCCCCAGCCCCCAGUGUGAUCUUCGGGGGUCAGAGGUCUAUCGUCUACGCCCAGCUAACGGGGAAGCAGCCGCCGUCAGGGAGCACGGGCUCCGUGUGUCUCCGGUUCAGGCUCAGGGGUGAGGCCUUUGAGAACACAUUACCAUUCGUCUUGCAGCCCGACUUGGAUGCCAAACUGACCGUUCAUCGCCUGGCCGCCAAGGCCCGGCUCCAGACCCUGGACGCUGCCGGCCGCCGAGCCUCGGACGAGGAGAAGGCGAAGGUGGUGGCGGUCAGCAUCCAGUCCGGCGUGGUCUCCUCGCUCACGGCCUACGUGGCCAUCCACAAGGAGCUGGGCCGGCCCCUCCAGGGGCCCACGGUGCGGAGGGAUGUGCCGCUGACAGCUGCCCCUUCCCCUGCCAUGAUUGUGAAUAACCGCACCGAUGGCUGCAGUUAUCGCUCUUCCCCGAGAAGGGCAAGAAGGGCCGCAUACUUUUGCUCUGAAGUCUUCGAUUUUGAGGAUGAACUGGACUCUCCUGUCAUGAGAUACUGCCAGCCUCUGAGAUCAGGUAUAGGUAUUCCCAGGAAACUUUUCAUGAGGCACCAAGGUGGCUACAGCGGGAACUUUGAAAGUAAGCACGAGUGUGAUAAAAGCAUCCGGGACCAGCCAAUCCAAGCUGCUGAGGAAGCCCCCCUUCUCCGCCUGGUUUCUCUCCAGAAGGUGGACGGCUCCUGGGCACUGGAUGAAGCUCUGGCCUCCGUCCUGGGGGUGCAGAAGCAGGAGGCGGUGGCCUCGCUCCCCGGACAGGGCGUGGACACCACGGUCUGGGCCACCGUCCUGGCUGUGGUCUGGCUGCACAGCACCAGCGGGGACCAGAAGGAUGAGUGGGAGUUACUGGAAGGCAAGGCUGUGGCCUGGCUCCGUGCCAGAGCAGGUGUCCACCUGGUCAAGUGUCUUCAGGCUGCCAACACCCUGUUGAAGGCAUCAGUGGCUCCUGCCGUCUUCGGUCUGUGAGGGGACACCAUCACCGAGACACCUGCUCAUCUCCUUCAGCUGCUGCUCCUUCCCCUGCCUGGCCCCACCGACUUUCCUGUGCCCCCUGCUCUGCUGCCCCUUCCCCCGGCCCUGUCCUGCUCCAUCCCAUUCUCUGCUCUCUGCCCAGCCCCCGAUGCUGCCCCAUUCCCAGGUCUGCCCCAUCCUGAGCUUUUGCUCACUGUGGGUGGCUGAGGAGAUUCCCCCUGAGCUGGUAUCAGCAUCGGUUCCCAUGACGCUGACUGGUCCGCUCCCAUUUGAGGGAAUGUUUGAGCCAGAUGUGGGGGUCUUCCUAUGCCCCCGCCCCAGCAGAAGCUCCUGACCCUCUUUAGGCCAUCGGGCACCCCCAGUACAGGCCACAAACUGAGCCCCAGAUUCAGGGGCUGCCCUGGUUGUGCUGCCGACCUCCUGCCCCAGGUCUCCCCCCACCCACCCCGGAAAAGGGCUGGGCAUCUCUGGGGCAUCUAGCCUGCUGGUGCCUUGGGGGAGACAACUGAUUGGGUGCCUUAAAGCCUAUGGCAAGUGUCUUUGCUUGAUGCGGAGAACAAUGGACGGCACUUAGAACAUUCUGAUUCGGGGGAGAGACAUUUAAAGAAUGUGCUUCAGAAAACCGGUCCAGGCAGCAGGAUGAAGUAUGGACUUGAGAGAAGAGAGGCUGGAGGUGGCAAGUCAAAGAGGAGGCCGA